CUAACCUAAAUGGGCUCUUUUUUCUCUCUUCUAUUUAAAGUGGUUGUUAUUGUUACUUAUGAAAUCAAACACAAAAUGGCCAGAGUAAAUUUACUUCUUCAUUUCCUAAUCUUCUUGUUUCUGCUACCAAAUUUUGCAUUGUCCCAAACCAAAAAUGAUGUGACAAUUGGUUCAUCACUUAUUGCUGGUGAUGAUAAAACAUCUCCAUGGAUUUCUCCUAAUGGAGAUUUUGCAUUUGGAUUCCAACAGCUAGGGAAUGAAGAUCAAUUCCUAGUUUCAAUAUGGUACAACAAAAUACCUGAAAAAACUAUAGUUUGGUAUGCAAAUGGAGACAAUCCAUGUCCUAAAGGAUCAAGAAUCGAGCUCGCUGCUGAUCGAGGACUAGUCCUUACUAGUCCUCAACAAGACGAGACUUCGAUUUCUGAUCCUUUAAUCGGUACAGUUGCUUAUGGUUCUAUGAAAGAUACCAGUAAUUUCGUGCUUGUUAACAAAAAUUCUGAAGGUUUAUGGCAAAGUUUCAAUCAAAGUAAAGACACAAUCUUGCCAACUCAAGAAUUUGGAGAAGGAUUCAGGAUUUCAUCUCGUCGAUCAGAGACAAAUUUUUCGAGGGGAAGAUUCUUGCUCAGGAUGUUUCAAAAUGGGAAUAUUGGAAUUGCUACUGUGAACUUGCCAAGUGAGUAUAUAAAUGAGAACUUUUUCUUGAUUCGAAGCUUCGAUCAAUUGAAUGCAACGAAUUACCUGUUAAAGUUCAAUGAAUCAGGCCAAAUUUUCCAUUUGGUUAACAACAGCCAAGAGGUUGUUCUUUCAAAGGGUGAAACUGGACCAUCAACACGGUUUUAUUACCGUGCCACGCUCAAUUUUGAUGGCGUAUUUACUCUGUAUCAGCACCCGAAAGAGCCUAAAAGUACUGAUGUUUGGUCUGCUGUUUGGUCAGUUCCUGAUAAUAUAUGUUAUAGUUUUCCUACAGAAAGUGGUUCUGGUGUGUGUGGAUAUAACAGAAUUUGUAGACUAAGCAUAGAUAAAAGACCGGAUUGUCAGUGCCCACGAGCGUUUUCACUAGUUGAUCCAGAUGAUGAUUACAAAGGUUGCAUACCGGAUUUCAUGCAAGAUUGUGGUGAAAAUCAAGAAAAUUCAGAAAAUCAGCUCGAGAUGGAAACUAUAACGAACAUCGAUUGGCCAACGAGUGAUUACGAGCUUUUGCAGCCUUUCGAUGAAGAAAAGUGCAAGAAUGCAUGUUUGAAUGAUUGCAUGUGUGCUGUUUCGAUUCUUCGAGAAAAUAGUUGUUGGAAGAAGAAAUUGCCACUUUCAAAUGGCAGAGUAGAUAACAGAGUGAAUUCUAAAGCAUUCAUCAAAAGAAGGAAAGGUAAUAUUCCUUUAGAAAAUCCUAAUUCUUCAAAGCCCAAAAACAAAAAUCAAGAAACUAUCAUUCUUAUUGUAUCGGUGUUCUUAGGUAGUUCUGUUUUUGUUAAUUGCUUACUUCUUGGAGUACUUUCUCUGGGGUUUUUGCUUGUUUAUCGUAACAAAAGCUCAACAUUUGAAAGGAAUGGAAGUUCCAUGGAUCAAACUUUGAGAUACUUUUCUUAUAAGGAUUUGUCAAAAGCCACAGAAGGGUUCAAGGAAGAACUUGGAAGAGGGGCUUUUGGCAUUGUAUACAAAGGCGUCGUUGAAAUUGGUAACCCUAUUCCGGUGGCUGUCAAGAAAUUAGAUCGGAUAGUUGACGAUGGGGAAAAGGAAUUCAAGACUGAAGUGAAUGUGAUAGGCCAGACACAUCACAAGAACUUGGUCCGUUUAAUUGGAUUUUGUGAUGAAGGUCCUCAUAGAUUGCUUGUCUAUGAGUUCUUGAAUAAUGGGACAUUAGCAAGUUUCCUUUUUGGUGAUCUAAAAUUGACAUGGAACCAAAGGAUUCAAGUGGCACUUGGGAUAGCAAGAGGGCUCUUGUAUUUGCACGACGAGUGCAGCACACAGAUCAUUCAUUGCGACAUAAAACCACAAAACAUACUUCUUGAUGAUCAUUAUGAUCCAAGAAUAUCCGAUUUCGGAUUAGCAAAGUUGCUGAGGAUGGACCAAUCUGUGACACAAACAGGGAUAAGAGGAACGAAAGGAUACGUUGCACCAGAAUGGUUCCGAAACAUGCCAAUCACAGUGAAAGCGGACGUGUAUAGCUUUGGUGUUUUACUACUGGAAAUCAUUUGUUGUAGGAGAAAUGUGGAUUUUGAAGUUGGUGAAGACAGAACAAUUUUGACUUAUUGGGCUUAUGAUUGUUACCAAGAAGGCACAAUAUAUGAACUUGUUGAAAAUGAUUCAGAUGCCAUUAGUGAUAGAAAAAAAUUAGAAAAAUUUCUAAUGGUAGCCGUUUGGUGCAUUCAAGAAGAUCCUUCAUUGAGACCUACUAUGAAAAAGAUUGUGCUAAUGCUUGAAGAAAUUGUUGAAGUUCCUAAUCCUCCAUGCCCAAAUCCUUUUAGGACAGAAAAUUCUCUUCUAGAUGCAGUAUAAUCUAUGUUGCUCGGACUUCCCAAAAAUGUAGUCUCACCCAUGUCGUGUUCUCAAAAAAUGUACUACUUUGAAGGAUCUAACAAGCAUCUGUUGUCAUUUUUGAAGAGUUUGAGCAACAUAAGAUAUAAUGAAAAACUCCGUUAGGAACUAUAGAUUUUAGAACCACAAUUUAGCUCUUUUUUUCCUCUUGUUUUUAUUGCUCAAGGGAUAAUUAGUAUACCUUGUUGAUCACUUGUACAAAUGCAGAGUUUACUAAAUAUUGUUGUAGUU